GGGAACUAAAGACACAGCAGGGAUCGAUCCUUCCCAGAGUAAUUUGUCAUCCACAGACUGUCUACGGUACGAAAAUCAAUCUUCAGCUAGGGACAAGGUAUGGAAAUACUUCUUUCGCUUCGAAGAUUUUAAGCAAUAAAUUGCAGAUUGACUUUGAAAUAACGCACAAGCCACCGUAACCGCAAGUCGUGUAACCAUUUCCAAAUGUUUCAUAAUUCAUGGCUUUGACGGGAUUAGCAGGUACUCAGUUCGCGAAAAAGUAAUAAUUUCGAAAUAGAAAUGUGCACUUUGUGUCUACUUUCCGAAUUUUUUCAUGGUUUGUCAGGUUAAGCAAAGGCUUAGCGUCGCAUACAACUCGGAGAGCUUUGUAGAUGUAAUCCCAAUUUCCGUGAUUCAUUCUUUCAUCUUGCACGAUCGAGAUGUAAUCUCGUUUCGGUAGAACGAUCAAUAUUGGCUUAUGAGAUAUUUUGUUUGUGAAUACCGUUUUAUUGGGUGCGUCAUAAAUAAUUUGAUGCAGUGAAGACGAAUUUAUCUUCAUACUUAUAUUUAGCAGUAUGGAAGCCUAGAUUUGUACGUGAUUUGAAAUCGAAACACUCGAACUUAUUGGCAAGUUUUAAAACGCUACGAGCGCCUGCCAGAAGAAAUGCUAAUGCAUUGAAGUUAAAAAAUUGUGUAAUUUAACCCGCAUUUAAUUGCGUAAAGAACUAAAAGUGGAGUUUUUAUUGUUUUAAAUAAUAAUUUUAACUGAAGUACAAUUUAUUGCGUAAGCAUUUUUGUGGCAUUUCGAACAUUAAAGCUGGGUUAGGAAUUUCUCUUCAAGAUUCUAUAGUAAUUCUCAAGUUAUAUUUAGUUUGGUUUCCAUAAGGUGAUAAUUUUAGCAACAGAAUCCAAAUAUUGGUUUCAUUCAUUGACUUGACUUGAGCGCUGAUAUAGUUUCCCUUAAAUGGUAAAAUGUAUUCCUUCAUGGUUUGACUGCAUUGUAUAAAGGUUAUGAAAUCACUUGUUUAUCAUCCUCUGGUCAAAGUAUAAUUUAUUUAAUAUUAUUCAGGGACAUGACUCAUUUUUGGGCCUACACCUAAAGACAUCUUUGCUCUAACCUUUCACUCCCGAGAUCUCAUUAGUGAUUCUCCUUACUUUCAGCCAUACAAUUCUCAUGAUGUUGGUGUAGAGAAUGUACUAUUGGAAAUACUCAUCAUCUCCUAAUUGAUAUCUUUCCUUAUUCUAGUCACUUGUUUGCUUGAGAUUGUAUUGGUAUUUUGAAGAAAAAUUAUGUCUUGGUCUUUCCAGGGUUAACCCUAAACUGUCCAUUGGGAGAAAUUCAUCUCGGUCACUGAGAUGUAAAAAAUGGGAUCCAUCUUUAGUUGGUGAUCAUUUCCUUUAUUCUCGUGACCUGAAUGUGUGAUUUGAGGGUGAUAUUGAAAGGAGAAUUUAGAUGUUUGUCACUCUUAAGGGUCAAAGGUUUAAAGAAAAUUGACAGUCAAUCCAGGAAGGAGAAUUUUUACAUAAUAUAAAAAAAUUACUCUGCAGCAGCUAGGAAAAUUUGUGGAGCAAACUAUCAUAAUGUAACUCUAUUCACCGUGAUAAAUUCUCUUGAUUUUAUAAACACUAAGACUAGAUUGUCUUCUGAAACUAGUUCAUCAAGAUGAGGCCAUUUCAUUGAAUCACUUUUCUUUGCUCUAGAGGAAAGUUGUAUUGGUGUUGCAUAGUGCAGCAAAUUCCAUCUUUCUGAGGAGUUUGUUUUACUGUGCUAUUCCAAAAUGACCAUAGUCAUUGCAAUUUGUAACAGUUCGUUAACCACAGCAUUUAUAAUGCAUUUAGUUUUUAAAAAAUUAAACAAUCAUAUAGCAAUGUGGGCAUGUGUGUGGUGCAUUUUGACGGACCUCUUAAACUAACUUCAGCCUUUUAUCUUUUAAGUUACAUUUUGGGAAAGUUCUGUUGUAGGAUUUUGGGUGAAAAAAUAACAACAACUUUAUGCAUCUAUCAGUUCCAAGCUUCAACAUCCCCCCUCCCCCUCAUCUUGUCCUGGGUAACCCCCACGUAUUUGAACUUUUAAAGAUUGGCUCCUUUACCACCCUCUGUACAAUAACUGUGCUCUGUGUUUUUGUUAUACAUAGUAUGUUUGACACCCAGCUAUGAAAUAAAAUGGAGGAAGAAGAUGUAAUGAAUACAAGACUUGCAAUCAAGGAAUCAUUGAAGAAACUUGAUGAAUAUACAACUUACCUGAGGUACAUUGAGAAACGUGUUACGUCUUAACCCUUUAACUUCUAGAAGUGAUUAACUUGUUACUUCUCCCUGUAAAAUCCGUACAUUAUCCAGCCACCAGGUAAUGAGCAUAAUCAAACUUAUCAGGAAGAAGUUUUUAUCUUGAUCUAACAUCAAAUUCUCAUAACUUAUUUACAGUAAUUGUGUUCCAGUUAUAGGGGAGAAUUAACAGUCACAUCUUGGGAGUUAAAGGGUUAAUUAAUUUAUAUCAUCAAUAGUUAUGGAAGAAACAUACUAAGCAUAAAGCAUACAGGUAUGCAGUGUACUCUUUUUCAGAUGGUAACUGCCAUUAUUCCUUUUUGAAUAAACCUUUGUGUCUUUAACUAUAGAUGACACCCUCUAAGCACCCCCUCUUCUAGAAUUAAUUAUAGCCCUGAUGUACAGGCCUGAAAAAUUUUUAGACCAAAUAGUUCUUUUUAAAUUUGUGUUCUGAUUUUAAACGUUUUUCUUCUCAAAAUUUAUUUAAUGUAGAUCAAGGCUGACAGAUAUCAAGUCCACCCGUGAAGGCGUGAAUGAUAGUAUCAGCAAAGCACGUACAGUGGUUAAUGAGAGAUUUGAAGAAAUCAAGAAGGAAAUAGCCCAUGUGUUAGAAGCUCGCCAAAGAGGAAUUUUAAGUACUAUUGCUGAGAUUGAGAGGAAGGAUCUUGACCCUCUGACCACUUUGGAAGACAGAAUCAAUGGAGAUUUAGAUAAAACUUUACAGUGUAUUGAAAAAGGUAGGAAAUUUGCUGUUAUUGUGAAGGGCAACGAAGUCAUGCAGAGAUUUCCCCUUUUUUUGCUUAAGCUGGGAGAUACCAUGUCCCUUUAAAAGUUUGUUUUGUUUUGCAGACCAUCAAUUUUUGUUGUCCAAGAUGACUACUUAAAUAAUAAUUUUUCAAUGAGCUGUUCAAACAGGAAACUUAUUUUUAAAUUUGUCAUUUCAGAAGGAGGGCAUUGACAGCUGCAACUUUUAAUAAAUUAUGUGACUGUUCAAAUUAUUAAACUUUUCCAGUGAUAUAGGGGAAAUACAUCUUUGAUGAGUGGAAGAUAUUUUUUAUUCUACCAAAGGUGGCAAAUUUUUUACCUUUUUUUAAUUAAAUUUUUUUUGGGGGGGGUGGGGGUUGGGAGGAGGGGGGUAUGUUAGAUUGAUGGAUUUAAGACCAUCCCCAGAAUCCCACAAAAAUAAAACCUGUUAAAUUUACUUGCUCUGUUGAAAGCAACUAUUUGUUCAUCUAUUUGGGUUUUUUGUGUUUUAAAUUCUGUAUGGUUCUGUUUUGUAUAAGUAGAAUGCUCAUCUAUAUUCCAAUGGUAAAUGUUUUCUUCAAUCGUCAUUGUUGUAUAAGAUUUGCUCAGCUUUCAUUUUUAACACAGGUAAUUCUGCUCUUGAUGAGGAUGAUGCCACCCUCCUAAGUGAAGGAAAGAACCUGAACAAUGAGCUGCAAAUUUCAUCCAUAAGGUUAGACUACACAUGGUGUAAGAUGGCUCAAAGUUGAACUUCCCAUAACCAAACACCUAAUAUUUUAAGUCUUCAUGGUCAAUUGCAAGAUGUAUCAAGAGUUUCUCAGCUUAGUUAUCACAUUCUUGUACAAAAUUUUGGUAACUCUAGCUGCCUAAAUAAGGUGGUCACUUGCUACUUGCAUGGUAGAGGUUCUGAAUUCAUUCCUGUGUUUAGAAUGGUUCAAAGCUUAGUGGGGUAGUUAUGGAGGCCUUUUGAUACUAUCAAGGUGAAAUGUUGGUAGGGAUUCAUUGCACUGAUUGAGAAUCCUCUCCUGAAGUUGUGCUACAUUUACAUAUGUGACAGUCACACUGGCAGGCCUCAUAUGCACAAGUUAACCUUUUUUAACCUCAGUACACUUCUCAGAGUUUUUAUUGAUAGUUGCCAUUUUACCAGAAGUAUCCAGAUUUUCCUAGUAUUAUUUCCAGCUAAAUUUUUCUCCUGACAACUAAAAUUUUAUCUCUGGUGACAUCUUUACUAUUUUAAGUUGCCAAAUGGCUACUGUGAAAAAAAUUGAGCUUGAAGCCUUGACUGUUUCAUAAGAAAUUAAUUUGAAGGAAAUUUAUUUACUCAUUUCACCCACAGGUAUCCUGACACACCAUGUAUAUCACAAACUCUUUCUGUAAUGUUCAGCGAGAGUCACACCCAGUCAGUUCUAGAGGCUGUCAAUUCUCUGGGAGAAAUGUCCAUGACUGGCACACUUCAAGUAACUGAACUGUUAGAGCAGCCUGGAGCCAUCCUUGUGCAGUGGUAUGAUGAGGUACAGUAAAUAUAUGUUAUCUACCAGGCGAGAGUAUUGUAUUUGAAAUGAUUUGGUGUCAUACCACUGUUCUUUAUUUUCAGUAGUCCAUCAUUGUAAGGGUUGUUAACUGAGCAAGUAUUUAACUGAUUUUGUCUGUAAUCCUGAGAAUUGUUUUUGUUUACAGACAUUUUCAGACAGUGAAUCAAUCACAGAUUACAGUGGAGUUCAAGAAUACAUGCUACAGUGUUGUCGCACUGACAACAAAGGAAACAGAAACUCAGUGUUCAGUACAGUAUACUGUGGUGAAGAAUCAUCGCAUUUAGUCACAGAUCUUGAGCCACAUGUGUCGUACACUUUCCGUGUCUGUGGAAGGUUUGGAAAUGAGGGGAAAUGGGGAUCAUGGAGUAUUCCUAGGAAUGGAAUCACAACACUUGACCAACAUGGUUAGUGUGAAGACAGAUGAGUACAGAGAUGAAUUGUACACUAACCUUGCAGGGUCAUAUAUUGAUGGAUAAGACUCUUUAGCUAAAGUUCCUGUUUCCAUUCAGAAGGAAAAAUGAGAUCCAGUAAACUUUCAGAGAAACUUGACCGAUGAAGGAGGAAGGGAAGGGGGGAGGGGUAACCUAGGAUUGUCAGAGAAACUUGAUUUAUUAAAGGGGAGGAGGAGAGAGAGAGGUGCAACCAGUAAUUGUCAGGGGUGGGGGGGGGGAAGCGGUAAUCUGUCAUGGACAAGGGACCAGCAUCCUAUCCAGGGGGAAGUAUCAAUCAAUAAUUCCAUUAAUGUAUACUCUUCUUGUGUGCAGGAAUUCUUCAUUAGAUUGUUGUGACCCUAAUUAUGACCCUGCUUUGUUUUUUAAAUCUUUUUUUUUUUUUUUAAUAGAAUGGUCUGCUGCAGAUUGCCUCAAUCAGAAUAAACUUGCUGUCUAUCAGCUGAGUAACAGACGGAAAACUGCAACUAAAGUGUUCCCUGACUGCUCCAAGGUUUUGCGAUCAAAGACAAUGAGUUACAGACUUGACACAGCAUUGGUUCUCAAGAUCGAUGAGACUGGUGACUCCAGCAAUGGUGAUGGUAUUGGUUUAACAACUGGGUCAUUUGAUUUUAGCAAUGCUAGACAGGUUCUACAAUGCCCUGGUUCUGUUAGCAUCAAUUCUAAAGGUAUCGUAUAUGUCAAUGGAGUACCCAUGACAACAAGAUUGCCACCAUUCAAGCGUGGCUCUGUAGUUGUAUUUGAAGCUAGUAGAGUCUCCAAAGAAAAGCUUCGAGUGUCAAUCACUAUGGAUGACAAGCUAGUGACAUUUGAUUGGCAGGUGGAUGACCCCUGUGAUGGAUUUUAUUUUGCAAUGGGUUUUCAACAUUCUGGUUGGCAAAUUUCAGUCUAAUGUUAAAUUUUUUUCCUUCAGAUAGCAUUUAAAGAUCUAAGUAUAGACUGAAAAUAUUUGAUUUUUAGAUAGAAAAGUUUAAAUUGAAUUUACCUGUUAAUUACAAGCAUUAAAAUUAGAGCAAAAUUUAAUGGUAAGGUAGCUUUUCGCCAUGAUAAAUAAUCAGAGACCUCAAGCUUUGUACUUCUAAGUACAUGGGGAACAACAAGCAUCGUUUUGGAGGUUUUUCUUUAGUUGCCACACACUGAAUAGUAAUUGAAUAAUAAAAUGUGGUCACACAGUCAGAAGAAUUAUUUGUAAAAUGUCAGGUAAAGUCUGAAUGUAUAAGCUGAAAAGAUAUGACAAAGCUGUUGUCAGUACAUGCCCUAA